AUGUGUAGGGUAUGGUGUGAUUCCAAGAAAUUACUCAACUGGUACAGCGUGAUUCUGGGCGACGGGUAUUGGGGAGCGCCCGACGGGAAUGGCACCUGGAACGGCAUGAUAGGAAUGCUGCUGCGGGAGGAGGCUGACUUCGGCCUGGGUCCGUUCGGGAUGACGCAUGCGCGAAGCGAGGUGGUGGACUUCACGAUGCCCAUCUUCAGAGAGGUCCUGCACAUCUUAGUGUCCCGACCCCGGCCUGAACCCGACCCCUGGGGUUUCCUCGCCCCCCUCUCGUGGCACGUCUGGGUGGCACUGGCACUGUCAUGCCUCGUGAUUGCUGUCGUGGCUAUGUCGGUGGUGUGGACCCUUGGCUUCGGCGGCCCUUCGAGCAUCCAGCAGCAUCUGUGGGCUGUUUACCGCGUCUUCUUAUCCCAGACUCUGACGUGGGUGCCGGCAGGGUUGUCGCUCCGAGUAACCCUCUGGCUUUGGCUCACCACCGUCCUGGUCGUGAUGCGGAGUUACAGCGGUGCUCUGACGUCCCUGUUGGCUGUUCGGACGGUGCCCAUCAAGUACGACUCCCUGGAAGACGUGUUGAAGGAUUCUAGCAUCAAAUUGCUUUUGGAAGGAUCAACUGCUCUCACCGGCCACCUGCAGACGGCGAAGGAGGGCUUGUACGGACAGCUCGCCGAGGCCGUUCGAACGCGCGGCAGGACGAUCCGAGCAAGCAAGAUGCAGGAGGAGGCCUACGCGCACAUCCCCCACGGGCGCCACGCCAUGUUUCUUGAGGCUGUGGGAUGUAACAAAGUGUACUCGGACCACUUUAGUAGGACAGGGCAGUGUGAUUUCUACAUGUCGCGAGGAGUGUUCUGGAAGCUUUUCUACGCUCUCGUUGUACCGAAGGACAGUCCUCUCCGGGAACUCAUCAACGCUAGGAUUUUGGCUCUGCGGGAAUUUGGCAUUUACGAGCGCUGGGCGCUGGAUCAAGUGCCCAACAGAACUCACUGCCUCAAACUUCCAACGAAACUCAAGCUUCAAGAACCCUACAGCCUGCUAGGUCUUUGGGCCGUCUUUGCACUCUUCGGGACAGGCAUGGCAAUCGCUGUCAUCGUUUUCGGCCUCGAGUUAAUCACCAAUUUACUCGGACCUCAAGAAAGAGACUAAGGGAGAUUUGACAGGGGCGUCGGCGGGACAACUUGUAAAUCGACGAGGACUUUGCAACAUGAUUUCUUUUUUUUUUCUUUUUAGUUUUUGAUCUUUAUUGAUUUCUCUGUUGCUCUCUGCCUCUGAGUGUCUGCCUGUCUCUCUCUCUCUCUUUCUCUCACUCUGUCUCUCUUGC